GGUUGUCUGGCACAUUAUUAUUAUUUUACAAAGAUUAUUUACUUUCAGAAUCCAAACAAGAGAGUUUCAUUAAUCUUAUGUGGCGACUUUAAUAGUGUACCAUCAUGUGGUAUUUAUCAACUUUAUACUACUGGAGUAUCACCAGAUACUUUACCUGAUUGGAAAUCCAAUUCAAAUGAAACAGUAUCCAAUUUAGUUCUGGAACAAGACAUUUUUUUAGAUAGUGCUUGUGGCACCCCACCAUUUACGAAUUUCACAGCUUUAUUUGCUGAUUGCUUAGAUUACAUAUACUAUGAACGAGUCAAUUUGGAAGUUGAACAGGUAGUUCCAUUUCCUAGCCUAGAAGAAUUGCAGGCGCACACAGCUUUACCGAGUAUUGUCUUUCCAUCGGACCACAUAGCUUUGAUAUCUGAUUUACGUUUUAUAUGAUGCUACUUAUAAGAGAAAUAAGUUAUAUGCAUAAUAUUGUAAAUAAAGCAAUAUGUACAUUGAUAGCAUUAUCAUAAUAAUUUGUCUUUCAAUAGGGUAAACAGGGAGUAUGGAUGUCCACUUGCUUCGUUCUCAAUAUAAUUUGCUUCACUUUUGCUGUCUCCACCCAUGUCAAUCUCGAUGUAUAGAGUAGAAGUAUGAAUUUCAGUUUCCGAAAUUCAAUGGCACUUAUUGAGUGAUU